UGAAGGGAGACGUGCGCAGAAGAGCUCUUUGGCGCAGUUGGAAAAUAAGGCGGCCUCCUUUCCUGUAACCACAAUUGUCUGCUUUGACGACGUUCGUACAAUUCGUAGGUUUAUUGUGUGCGGGCUUUCUUUUAUCGUCGGUAGUGUUUGGUUUAGACUGCAGCCAUGAGUUCGAUUAACGUGAAGAAGCUGAAAGUAAACGAAUUGAAAGACGAGCUGAAGAAGCGCAAUCUUUCAGACAAGGGGCUGAAGGCUGAGCUAAUGGACCGACUACAGGCCGCACUGGACGAAGAGGCCUUGGGCCAAGGCUCCCCCGGGGAGAACGGAGCAGAUGCGGGAAACGACGACGAUACUUUGCAAGAUGAUAUGAAGGAUGAUGAUGAAGAAGAGGAGGAGGAGGACGACGAGGGCAUGGAAGCCGAAGGUGAGCAGGGAGAUGAAGACGGCGUAGAGGCUGAAUGCGAGGACGGCGUUGACCAAGAAGAUUUUGACAUGGGUGGUGCAGAGGGCGACGACGACGGCGGCGAUGAGGAUGAUGCGAUGCCAAAGGAGGACGACGAAGAAGGGGACAAAAUCGACGAGGAAGAUGGUGAGCCGGAAUCCCAGGGUGGAGAUGGGGAUGCGGACAAAGACACCAAUGCUGAUCAGAAGAAUAAGAAGGGUGUUAAGAGACGCCGAGAGGAACAUGGAAGGGGCUACUAUGAAUUUAUUGAAGAAAGCAAAUACAGCCGGGCCAAGUCUCCCCUGCCCCCUCUGGAGGAAGAGGAUGAGGAGUUCGAUGACACACUGGUCUGCCUGGACACACACAACUGUGACCUGCACUUCAAGGUGUCCCGUGACCGCUACAGUGCCUCCAGCCUCACCAUGGAGAGCUUUGCCUACCUGUGGGCAGGGGGCCGGGCCUCCUAUGGCGUGGCCCAGGGCAAGGCUGGCUUUGAGAUGAAGAUCAUUGAGAAGAUUCCAGUGAAGCACAUCUCCAACAAGAACCAUGACAUCCACGAGGUGCAAGUGGGCUGGUCUCUGGCCAACAGCACCCUUCUGUUAGGUGAGGAGGAGAACUCUUUCGCUUACUCCGGCCGAGGCAAGAAGACCACCAACUGCGAGACGGAGGAUUUUGGCGAGACCUUUGAUGAGAACGACGUGGUUGGCUGCUUCAUCAACUUCGAUGGCGAGGAGGUGGAGAUGUCCUUCACCAAGAACGGGGCGGAGCUGGGCGUGGCCUUCACGGUGUCCAAGGAGGCUCUGGGUGACCAGCCGCUCUACCCGCACGUCAUGUGCCACAACUGCGCCGUGGAGUUCAACUUUGGCCAGCUGGAGGCGCCGCUGUUCCCCACGCCCGAGGGGUUCACCCUGCUGCAGCAGGUGGAGCUGGAGCAGCGCGUCCGCGGCCCCCGGGGACCCGCCACCAAGAAGGACUGCGAGGUGAUCAUGAUGGUGGGCCUGCCUGGUGCCGGUAAGACGUUUUGGGCCAAGAAGCACAUGGAGGAGAACCCAGGCCAGUACAACCUGCUGGGAACCAACGCCAUCCUGGAGAAGAUGAUGAUCAACAGCCUGAAGCGUCAGAAUAAGGAUGUGACUAAGCUCACCGCCAUUUCCCAGCGUGCACCUCUCUUCCUGGGCAAGUUCAUUGAGAUCGCCGCCCGCAAGAAGAGGAACUACAUCUUGGACCAGACGAACAUCUCUGCACCUGCCCAGAGGAAGAAGAUGUGCUUGUUUGCCGACUACAUUCGUAAGGCCGUGGUGGUGUGCCCCACAGACGAACAGUACAAGGAGAGGACCCAGAAGAAGGCCGAGACCGACGGCAAAGACGUGCCCGAACACGCUGUGCUCAAGAUGAAGGGGCUGUACGCGCUGCCGGAGGUGGGCGACUGCUUCGUGGACGUGACGUUCGCCGAGCUGGACAAGGAGGAGGCGGGCAAGGUGCUGGAGCAGUACAAGGAGGAGAGCAAGGCCAACCUGCCUCCCGAGAAGAAGCCCAACCAGGGCGGCUCCACGCCCAACAAGAAGAACAACAACCAGGGCCAGCGCAACCGCAUUGGCGGCCCAGGCGGCGGAAAGAACCGCGGAGGAGGCCCCGGGGGCCCGCGCGGAGGACCCAGAGGAGGCUUCCAGAACCGCGGAUUCAGAGGAAUGCCCGGUGGCCCUCGCGGAGCCUUCGGCCGUCCCCCGAGGGGAGGCUUCCUGCCCCCACCUGCGUUCCGCGGAGGCUUCAACCGUAUGGGAGGAGGCAUGCCCAACCGUAGCGGAGGUGGAGGUGGAGGAGGAGGCAACAGGCAGGGAGGCCCCAUGAGGAACAACAUGGGAGGGGGCAUGGGCGGAGGAAGAGGAGGCGGUGGAGGUAUGGGUGGAGGCAACCGCGGCGGCAGGCCCAUGCACCACGGAGGACAGAUGAACCGCAUGGGAGGAGGUGGAGGAGGAGGAGGAGGAAUGAACCGCGGAGGAGGAGGCGGACAGCACAGAGGAGGCCAAGGAGGAGGCGGAAACUUCAACCAGUUCCGGGGACGGGGUGGCAACCAGCAUCAGCACCAGCACCGCGGCAACAAGAACGGCGGCGGCAACUUCGGCAUGAACAAAGCCCAGGCCUUCAACCAGAGCUGGCAGCAAGGGUUCUGGAAUCAGAAGCCAUGGAGCCAGCAGUACCACCCUGGAUAUUACUGAGAGCCUUGGCCUCUCUCUUAGAGACUGCUUGACCCUCCCUGAUCCAUAGAGCCCCCUAUUGCUCCUCUUCACCACUCGCUCCACUCGCUCGCUCCAGUUAUUCCUUAUGGGCGCCUGGUCCUUCUUCCGCCUUUUUUGUUUUAUUUUGUUUUUUGUUUUUAAUUAUUUUUUUAUUUUAAGUCUGCUUUUUAAAAUUCUCAAGAAGCGAAGGAGGGGAAAUGCAUUCCACGACCAUCAAGGAGGAGAGCCCGGCCUUCUUCUCCCCCUCUCUCCAUCACCACUCCAUCUCCUCAUCCCUCCAUCUCUCCUCUCCUCCUCCCGUUAUGCCUCUCUUCCUCCCAAACAGAGAAUGGAUUUCACCUUCUUUCCAUUUUAUUUUUGUACAUUUUAUUGGAAUAUACUUUUUUUUUGCUUUGCUUUUGUUGUAAUUUUAAUGGCCCAGGCCCUAUUUUGUUUAUUUUUAUUCAGCAAGGCGACAAGUCUCAACGUUCACUUACACUCUGUGCUUGUGUGGGGUUUGGGGGUGGGUAGUAAGGCUUUGCAAAGAAUUUCAGGGUUGUGUAUUUUAUCCUGUACUGUCAUUUUAUGAAUGAAAUGUAAAUUAUUUGUCCCUUUUCCUAGUUAUCAGUAUUGGUCAUGUAAACCUCCCCCAUUUUUUUGAUUUGGAAAUGCAUAGACAUCCCCAUAAAAGCCUCUCCCUCUCCUCUGCCCUUUUUAUUAAGUGCAUGUUGCCGUUGUGAGUUCAAACUUAAAAUCUGUAGUGUUUCAGCAGUUUGCCCUUUGUAAACGGAUGAAGGUGUGCGUGCCCCCUCACAAAAAUUAGAUUGCUCCUUUUUUGUGUACGAGUGUUUUUUGAAAUAUUUGUUAAGAAAAGAAAAAAACGAUUAUUAUGUCAAGCCUGUUGGAGCUAAACUACAUAGUUUACAAAUAAACGGGUGACCUUGCUUUUUUACAAACUUUGAA